CACAUCCCUUCACCACCCCCAACGUAUAUACUCUAAAUACCAGAUGCAAUGAGUGACGCCUCAACUUACCUCAGCGUGGGUGCUGGUGUUGUGGGCACCGCUGCUACUGUGGCCGGCACUGUGUAUAGUUAUAAAGCUUACAAGCAUUCAAAGAGCUCGAACUCAGGAACUGCUCAGGCCGUUCCGCUAGAACGCGUUACAAUAUCCGAUCAACCUUCCCCUCCUCUUGUUGUCCAAAGCGAGGCAGUCCGCAGGGUCCAAACUGGACUCUCAUCUGCCAGUUCCGCAUCAUUCAGUACCGCAAGAACGCGUUGAAGUCUUUGUACUCAGUAUUAGGGCAAUAUAUCUGGCAAUUGAUAUCAUGGAUGGGUGAUUAUGUGUUGCGAACUCGGAGGAAACUUGCUGCAAGCUGUCGGUCUUAACAUAUUCAAAGUAGCUUUAUAAAUGGGAUAACAAAUUGGCUGGAAGUGUCUUUGGACGAGGCAGGCGGGGAUUACAGGUGGACCAGAUUCUGUCAUUGUUAGGCAUUGUUCCUUCACUACCUCUCCGCUACAAGUUGCCUUUAUAAAGCCACACAAGCCACAGGACUAGCCUAC